AUGUUGAAAGUUUUCCCAAUUUUCUUUCUAUUCCUUCAAUUCACUCAGCUACUCCAAGCUGAUCCCGAGGCCACAAACAUGAGCCUCAAAAUGGUCCGUGUGCUUGUUUAUGGUGGACGCGGGGCGUUGGGAAACGCCAUCGUCGAGCAUUUUAAAGAAAAAAAUUGUACGGUGGUCAGCGUUGAUUUGGCGGGAAACGAUCACGCUGAUGACAACAUCGCUCUCGACCUCAAACAGGAUUGGGCGCAACAAGAGGCGGCCGUUCUGUCGAAAAUCGACGGCACUUUCGAUGGGAUCUUCUGUGUGGCUGGUGGAUGGGCUGGCGGGAAUGCGGCAUCGGAUGAAAUGGUGAAAAACGCGGAUUUGAUGUGGAAACAGAGUGUCUGGAGUAGCGCCAUCGCUGCUAGAAUUGCGGCUAAGCACCUCAAAGAGGGCGGAUUCCUGCAGUUGACCGGAGCCGCUCCCGCGCUUGAUGGCACUCCCGGAAUGAUCGGAUAUGGAAUGGCGAAAGCUGCUGUGCAACAAUUGACAAAGAGUCUCGCCGCGAGUGGUGGUGGCCUUCCAAAGAACUCAUCGGUUGUCGCCUUAUUGCCGGUGACUCUCGAUACGCCGAUGAAUCGAAAGUGGAUGCCGGAUGCUGACUUUGGAACUUGGACUCCACUCUCGUGGAUCGCCGAGCAUUUGUACGAUUGGACAACGAGUGAAACGAAUCGGCCAGCCAGUGGAACCCUUUUGAAGAUCACAACAAGCGGUGGAGUGACAAACACCGAGAAUCAC